AUGGGGUCUGAGAGCCGUGCCCCUCCCACCUUCAACAUUAUUACCAAGUGCUCAGAUAUGGCCAACUUGAAUCCAAUCCGCGGAGCCAUUGUGUGUGGGGGAUCCGGCCUCCUGAUUGGUCGCUUCGCGCCCCGCCCCGCCCGGGAUCCCGGGAGCUGUCCGGCUGCCUCGGUGCUGAUCCCGCCGCCGCCCAAGGGCCGCGAGCAGCGCCAAGAGGGCAUUAUGAGCGGGGGCGUCUACGGCGGAGGUGAGCGAGCCUCCGACUCCCGGCUACGGGCUCCCAGGCCCCGCGCGGCCUCGCCCGCGGCCCUGAACCCCGAAUCCAAGCGACCCAAGCUCUGGGCACCCCGGGGCCUGUUACCUCGGCGGCUACACUGUGGCGCUGGCCGGACCUACUCUUGGAGCUCUCCAAGGGGAGACAGGGUUUGGGAAAGGUCCCUCACAUGCCUGUUUCCCCGCACAGAUGAGGUGGGGGCGCUGGUCUUUGACAUUGGCUCCUUCUCAGUCCGCGCUGGGUACGCAGGGGAGGACUGUCCCAAGGCUGACUUCCCCACCACGGUGGGGCUGCUGGCCACGGAGGAGGGGGGCGGGCUGGAGCUGGAGGGGGAGAAAGAGAAGAAAGGGAAGAUCUUCCAUAUCGACACCAACGCCCUGCAUGUGCCUCGGGAUGGAGCGGAAGUCAUGUCACCCCUCAAGAAUGGCAUGAUUGAGGACUGGGAGUGCUUCCGCGCCAUCCUGGACCACACAUACAGCAAACAUGUCAAGUCCGAGCCAAACCUGCACCCAGUGCUCAUGUCCGAGGCCCCGUGGAACACACGGGCCAAGCGGGAGAAGCUGACAGAGCUGAUGUUCGAGCAGUACAACAUUCCUGCCUUCUUCUUAUGCAAGACAGCUGUGCUCACUGCCUUUGCAAAUGGACGUUCCACAGGCCUGGUGCUGGACAGUGGGGCCACCCACACCACAGCCAUUCCCGUGCAUGAUGGCUACGUCCUGCAGCAAGGAAUCGUCAAGUCACCCCUGGCAGGGGACUUCAUUUCUAUGCAGUGCCGGGAGCUCUUCCAGGAAAUGGCCAUUGAUAUCAUCCCACCUUACAUGAUUGCAGCCAAGGAGCCUGUACGGGAGGGCGCCCCCCCAAACUGGAAGAAGAAAGAGAAGUUACCCCAAGUUUCCAAGUCCUGGCAUAACUACAUGUGCAAUGAGGUGAUCCAGGACUUCCAGGCCUCCGUGCUUCAGGUCUCAGACUCUCCCUACGAUGAACAGGUGGCUGCACAGAUGCCCACAGUGCAUUAUGAGAUGCCCAACGGCUACAAUACAGACUAUGGCGCUGAGCGACUCCGCAUCCCUGAAGGCUUGUUUGAUCCCUCAAAUGUCAAGGGCCUGUCAGGGAAUACCAUGUUAGGUGUGGGCCACGUGGUGACCACCAGCAUUGGCAUGUGUGACAUUGACAUUCGCCCGGGCCUGUACGGCAGUGUUAUUGUCACCGGUGGGAACACGCUGCUUCAGGGCUUCACUGACAGGCUCAAUCGAGAGCUUUCCCAGAAGACUCCACCGAGCAUGCGACUGAAGCUCAUCGCCAGCAACAGCACUAUGGAGCGCAAGUUCAGUCCCUGGAUUGGGGGCUCCAUCUUGGCCUCACUGGGCACUUUUCAGCAGAUGUGGAUCUCCAAGCAGGAAUACGAGGAGGGCGGGAAGCAGUGCGUGGAGCGGAAGUGCCCCUGAGGGCGCCCCCUGCCUACACCGGCCGCCGGCGGCG